AGCACCACCGGCAGCGUGAACAAUACGCUAAACACCAUCUCCAACCUGUCGAUGGACGAUCCGGAUGUGCGGAUGGCGGCGGAGGCGCUCAGUGGGCUGGGGAAUCCGGAUUUCUUUAGGGGGAGGACCGGGAGUCCGCAUCAUUCGCCGCCGGCGGUAUAUUCUCCGAACGCGUCGUCGAACGCCACGGUGGAUGUCGACGAGGCCUCGGAGCCGCUGCUCACCCUGUUGACGUCUUCCCACCCCCUCCUUUCCUCCGCCAUCACCGGUUCGAUCACCGCAUAUGCCACGAGCAAACACUACUCCCCGUCCUUCAUCCGCUCGCAAGUCGAACGCGUCGAACGCGCCGUCAAUUCCGUCGGCAGCCCGGUGGUACAGACCGUCGGCUCCGUAUCCCGCCGCACCGGUGUCGAGGGUGCCGUCCGGAAGUACUUGAAAGACACGGCCAAAGCGCGGCGGAAGGACGGUGACGCGGACUUCAACAUACCGCAAAUCCGCAACAGCAGCCAAGCCAGCCUCGCAAGCCGCAGCGACCACGACCGCGAAUCGCUCCCUCCCUACGAUGAGGAGCACCGCAGCCCGAACUAUGAGACUCUCGACCCCCACCCCGAACACCCGUCCGAAAAGCAGAUGUUAGCCCCACCCGGCCAAUCCGAGCGGGACCGACAACCGCGACACCCGCAGACCUGGAGCACGCAACUCAUGAUGACCACCAGUGGCCUCGGCGUCGCCCUUUCCGAUUCCAGCCUCACCAGCCUCCGUUACUGCCUCGACCUCCUCGCCACCGCCACUGAGCGCAUCGCUAGCGUCAUGAGCGCCCUCGCUCUCCUCGUCGGCAAAUUCGACCCCUCCUCUUCCUCUUCACAACAACAACAACAACCACCAACAAACCACUCCCGAUCCUACUCCUCCCACUCCGCACACGAUCGUGUCGCCGCCGACGCUACCCAGCUCGCCGCGCGCCUCCACUCCCUCACCGACGACUUGUUCGCGACCCUCCGCCACGUCACCCACGCCGUAUCGCGAUACGCCGGCGGCGCGUUGCCGGAGAACGCCGGCGCGCUGGUGCGGAGACAGCUGCUCUCCCUCCCCGGCCGGUGGCAGAUGGCGGGCGAAGAAACGGGGACGACAGCGGGCGCACAGGAUGGGGAGCGCGCGACGCCGCGGCAGGGCGCGGGGGACGAGGGGGCGGUGCGGCAUGCGACGCGGGUGUUGGCGUUUGGGCGGGAGGCGCUAGAGAUGUUGAGUCAGGUGGCGUUGGUGGUGGAGGGGACAGUGAGGAGUGCGGAGGCGUGGUUGGGGAGUAUUGGGCGG